AACAGUUACAACGUGAACGUUGCGACUCGACCGGGUUGCUUGUAUUCUUAAUUUGGACAGUUAAUUCCACAGCCGCGACAAUCAUAGCAUAUUGCUAACGGAAUUUUAUCUCUGUUCGCCAUGGCUGCCCCGGCAACAACCAAGAAAAGCAGUACUUCGGGCAUCAAGCGGAAGGCUGAGCCGUCGAAGGAAGCACACGUUAAGGGAACCAAAAAAUCAAAGGUAGAGGCAGAAUCUACGAAACCUGAGAAGAAGAAGUCCUCCAAGAAAGAGGAUAAACCAGAGAAGAAAUCAAAGGAAGAUAAGCCAGAGAAGAAGUCAAAGAAGCCAAAGAUGGUGGAGUCUAACGAUGAGGACUCUGAUGACAUGGAUGUCGAUGGCGGUGUGCCAUUGAACGGAGCCGAGGAAGAAGAUACUCCAAUGGAAGAGGCAAAUGAUGGAAUACACCCUGAGAGAAGGCAGUUUGCUGCUGGCCAGGGACCCAAUGGUACCAACUCCAGAGAGGCACACGCAAAGCAGAAGGCGACAAUUGCAGAGAGAAAGGCAGCUAAGCCGCUCGCCGACCCUCUUUUACGAACAAAGAAGAUUUGGGAGAGACUUAGAAGGAAGUCUCAUGUUCCAAAGGAGGAGAGAAAGCAGCUUGUCGAGGAGCUGUUCCAGAUUAUUACCGGCAAGGUCAAGGACUUCGUCCUGAAGCAUGACUCUGUACGUGUGAUCCAGACUGCCAUCAAAUACUCUACACCUGAGCAGAAGAGAAUGAUCGCAAAGGAGCUGAAGGGAACAUACCGCCAACUCGCAGAGUCGAAAUAUGCCAAGUUCCUCAUCGGAAAGCUGCUUAUUCAAGGAGACGACGAGAUCAGAGAUCUGAUUGUCCCAGAAUUCUUCGGCCAUGUGCGCAAGAUGAUCAAGCACGCCGAGGCUUCUUGGAUUUUGGACGAUGUUUACCGUGGGGUUGCCAACAGGCAACAGAAGGCUACAAUUAUCAGGGAGUGGUAUGGUGCGGAGUUCUCUCUGUUCCGCGACGGCGAGAAGGUUUCCGGCGACCUCGCAGAUGUGCUCGAGAAGGAGCCUGGAAAGCGUGCUCCUAUCAUGCGCGAGCUGAAGGAGUUGAUCAACCAUCUCGUCCAAAAGAAAAUGACUGGUUUCACGUUAUUACACGAUGCGAUGCUUCAGUACUACUUGAACGUUAAGACCGGCACCGAAGAAGAGACUGAGUUCAUGGAGCUGCUAAAGAGUGACGAGGAGAGUGAUCUUCUGAAGAACUUGGCAUUCACAACUUCUGGAGCUCGCGUAGUCUGCCUUGCGUUCGCACAUGGUGUUGCCAAGGAUAGAAAGCACAUCUUAAAGGCCUACAAAGAUACCAUUCAUCUUAUGGCAGGCGACCCAAAUGGCCACAAGAUUAUUCUCGCAGCUUAUGAGACAGUCGAUGAUACUGUUCUCACUGCCAAAUCGAUAUUCCCAGAACUUCUCACCAAGGAUGCCGACAAACAAGCUGAGAUGGUUGUCACUGCCGCCAACGACUUAAAUGCUCGCACGACCUUACUCUACCUUUUCCAAGGCCGUUCAAGCUCUCUCUUCCCCGCCAGCCUCGCCGCCGACAUCGAAGUCCUCAACGAGGUUGACGUCGCUCGCGCCACUACUUCUAAGAAAGACCCCGAAAUCAGGCGCGCUGAACUCGCGAAGGCACUCUCACCUCUUCUUCUCAAUGCCAUUGCUUCCGCCGCUGUCGAACUCGCCACUACUUCCUUCGGCUGCCAGUUCAUCACCGAGGUUCUCUUCGCAUCUGUGGGCGAUAAGACUGCUGCCUUGGAGGCUGUCGCAUCUGUAGCUGGAGGAGACCCAACGGCUGUUGUUGUUGAGGCAGAUGCCAUGGAUGUGGAUACUGCUGCUCCGGCUGAGGACGCAAUGGAAGUUGAUAUUCCGUUUAACGAUCACUCGGGUGGCCCAAGCUUGCACAUUGCAAAUACCGCAUUCGGCGGCAAGAUGCUACGCUCCCUCAUCGCUGGUGGUCGCUUUGACAACAAGUUGAAGAAGAUUAUCCCAGUGUCGCCACCUCUUAACUUCGCAGACAUACUUUACCCUGUGAUUGAGGAACACAUCAUUGAGUGGGCUACUGGCUCGAGCUCUUUCGUUGUUCUUUCUCUGUUAGAAACCGAGAACUUCUCCUCGAAAGCGGAGGUGUUGGAGAAGCUGAAGAAGGGAAAGAAGGCCUUGCAGAAGGCAGCUACCGAGGAGACGGCAGAGCAGAAGGCGAAGGCAGCGGAGAUCGCAGGAGCUGGAAAGGAGAAUGGUGAUGUCAAGGCAAAGAAGGGAAAGAAGAAGGCUGCACCCACCCAGAAAGCAGUUGGGAAUGCGGGUUCGAGGAUGCUGUUAUCCAUGCUGUGAACGUAUUAUAGAAAAAUGUAUGGAGUUAUUAAGGAUAUUAAGGAU